GUCCUCAGUCCAGUGACUUGACCUGUCUCGGUGAGGCGUGUCAUUUGACCGUCGUAUUACAAAUGAUAGAGGUUUUACUGAGACUUGACUGCUUACUCGGAGACUUGAGGAUUAGAUUGGAUGAGACAUUUUCUAAAAUGUACACUGGACUGUGAGGUUGUCGUGUGGUCCCUUGAAGAAGAGCAGAAGUUGACCUUAGGUUGUUGAGAGGUUUUGCGAAAAUGACGCCAUGGAUGGUUUCGUCACACUCAUAAAUGCACACCUUGAACCCUUGUUAACUUGUAAUUAAUCAUCGACGGACGUUCCUGCCGCUGGCACACGUGGCGCGUUCCAUUCAUCUGUGGCAUGUCGACCUGAUCGUCGAUCAGAGGGAACUGAAGAAUUGACACCAUCAAACAUGGACACGAGUGACCGGGCCAGAGGAGAGCUGCUUCGAGGUGUGGCAGAUGCUCCUCCCCCGACGUCCCCUCUGGGUGAGGAUCAUGACAGCCGGACCAGCAUUCAGAGGCCAAAGGAACUCAAGUCAGAUGCAUCUGCACAAGGACCUACACCAGGACCCUCACCUGGACCUGGACCAACACCGAGCUGUGUCUCUCUGAGGAGUGAGUCCUCAAUGCAAAGAGGAAUUGACUUAAGAGGAGGAGAAGCCUCUGUAGAAGAGAGGGUCCGUGAAGAGAAACCAGCGUCAGAACUUGGCUGCGUGUCUGAGAUGUCCAUGACGCAGCCUAUUCACUUUAAACAUGGAGGAGAGUCUUCAGAGGAGAGAGAGGUUGUGCAGCUCUCAGGUGCUCUCAGUCUCCAGCAGCAUCAGACAGAUCUGGACUCCACACUGCAGCUGCUUGAAGUGACUGUCAAUACCCUGCUGAAGAAGGAGUUGAAGAGAGUCGACAGGUUUCUCCGUCUAGAUGACAAUAAGUACCAGCAUGAUGAGGAAGACGAAGAGCUGCAGAGUGGAGAAGAGGAGAUCAGGAACAGCAGAGAUAAUAUGCGGAAGUUGAUUGUGAACAUCCUGAGAAGCAUGAACAAAAAGGAUCUUGCUGAUCGUCUGUGGAGCAGAAGUCGUGCAGCAGAGUGUGCAGGACGACUGAAGAGGAGCCUGCAGAAGAAGUUCCACAGAGUGUUUGAGGGGAUCGCUAAAGCAGGAAACUCUGCCCCUCUAAAUCAGAUCUACACAGAGCUCUACAUCACUGAGGGGGGCACAGGCCAGGUCAACCAGGAGCAUGAGGUUCGACGGAUGGAAGCGGCGACCAGGAACCAGACCAGACCAGAAACUACCAUCAGACUAGAAGACCUCUUUCAACGUUCACAUGACACAGACAGUCCAGUCAGGAGCCUGCUGACAAAAGGUGUGGCUGGCAUUGGGAAGACCCUCCUGACACAGAAGCUGACUCUGGACUGGGCUGAAGACAAAGCCCAUCAGAACUUCCAGCUCCUGUUUCCUUUCACCUUCAGAGAGCUGAACCUGCUGAAAGAGAAGAAGCUGAGUUUGGUGGAACUUGUUCAUCUCUUCUUUCCUGAAACCAAAGACUCAGGACUCAGCAGCGUUGAAGGAGUCCAGGUUCUGUUCAUCUUGGACGGUCUGGAUGAGUGUCGACUCCCUCUGAACUUCAACAGUCGGGUUCUGACAGCAGCUACAGAGUCCACCUCAGUAGACGUCCUGCUGACCAACCUCAUCAGGGGGAAGCUGCUGCCCUCAGCUCACCUCUGGAUAACCACACGACCUGCAGCAGCCAAUCAGAUCCCUCCUGAGUGUGUGGACAUGGUGACAGAGGUCAGGGGGUUCACUGACCUCCAGAAGGAGGAGUACUUCAGGAAGAGGUUCAGAGAUGAGGAGCAGACCACCAUCAUCUCUCACAUCAGGAGCUCACGAAGCCUCUACAUCAUGUGUCACAUCCCCAUCUUCUGCUGGAUCACUGCCACAGUUCUGGAGGACAUGUUGAAGAGCAGAGAGACCAGAGAGCUGCCCAAGACCCUGACUGAGAUGUACAUUCACUUCCUGGUGGUUCAGUCCAAAGUGAGAAAGCUCAAGUACCAUGGAGGAGCUGGGACAGACAGCGUUUGGGAUCCUGAGAGCAGGAAGAUGAUGGAGUCUCUGGGAAAACUGGCUUUUGAGCAGCUGCAGAGAGGAAACUUGAUCUUCUAUGAAUCAGACCUCACAGAGUGUGGCAUCGACAUCACAGCUGCUUCAGUUUAUUCAGGAGUCUUCACACAGAUCUUCAGAGAGGAGAGAGGACUGUAUCAGGACAAGGUCUUCUGCUUUAUCCACCUGAGCGUCCAGGAGUUUCUGGCUGCUCUUCAUGUGCACCUGAAGUUCUUCAACUCUGGAGUCAAUCUGCUGGUGGAAAAACCAACAUCCAGAUUGAGUAGAAUCUUUGUAAAGAAACAUAGUCCGGAAAAGUUCUACCAGAAAGCAAUAAAUGUAGGAGUAGAAAGUCCAAACGGACAUCUGGACUUGUUCCUGCGUUUCCUUCUAGGUCUGUCUCUGCCGUCCAGCCAGAGACUCCUUCAAGGGUUGUUGACAGAGACAGGAAGUCGCUCAUGGAACAAUCAGGACACAGCAGAGCUCAUCAAGGAGAAGAUUAGUGAGAAUGUGUCUCCAGAGAGAAUCGUCAAUCUGUUCCACUGUCUGAGUGAAGUGAAGGACACUUCUCUGGUGCAGGAGGUCCAACAGCAGCUGAGAUCAGGAGCUCUCUCCACAGAUCAACUGUCUCCUGCCCAAUGGUCCACCCUGGCCUUCAUCUUACUGUCCUCAGAGGUAGAUCUGAGCGUGUUUGACCUAAAGCAAUACUCUGCUUCAGAGGAGGUUCUUGAGAGACUGCUGCUGCUGGUCCAAGCCGCAAGUGAAGUUCAGCUGAGAGACUGUGGACUUUCAGAGAGAAGUGGUUCCCUUCUGUCCUCAGUCCUCAGCUCUCCGUCCUCUACUCUGACUCAACUGGACCUGAGUCACAACAAGCUGAAAGAUUCUGGAGUGGAGCUGCUGUCUGCUGGACUGAAGAGUCCACACUGUCACCUGGAGACUCUCAGGUUGGUCUGGUGUCAGCUGUCAGAGAGAAGUGGUUCCCUUCUGUCCUCCAUCCUCAGCUCUCCGUCCUCUACUCUGACUCAACUGGACCUGAGCCACAACGAACUGAAGAAUUCAGGAGUGGAGCUGCUGUCUGAUGCAAUGAAGAGUCCUGACUGUCACCUGGAGACUCUCAGACUCAGCUGCUGUGAUCUGUCAAAGAGAAGUGGUUCCCUUCUGUCCUCAGUCCUCAGCUCUCCGUCCUCUCGUCUGACACAACUGGACCUUAGUCAUAACAACCUGCAUGAUUCAGGAGUGAGGCUGCUGACUGCUGGACUGGAGAAUCCUCACUGUCUCCUGGAGACUCUCAGUCUGUCAGGGUGUCUGAUCUCAGAGGGAGGCUGUGGUUUUCUGGCCUCAGCUCUGAGAUCCAACCCCUCCCACCUGAGAGAGCUGGACCUGAGCUACAAUAAUCCAGGAGGACCAGGACUGAAGCAGCUGUCUGCUGGACUGCUGAGUCCAGACUGGAGGCUGGAGACCCUCAGGCUGGAUCACAGUGGACCACAAAUGUUAACAUCUGAACUACGGAAGUUUUUCCGUCCACUCUCACUGGACCAAGACACAGCACAGCGGCGCCUCCUACUGUCGAACAACAACAGUAGGGUGGAACUUGUGACAGAGGAUCAGGAUUACUGGGACCAUCCUGACAGAUUCCAGCGAUGUCCUCAGGUGAUGAGCACAGAGGCUGUGACUGGACCUUGUUACUGGGAGGUGGAGUGGAGAGGAGGUGUUUGUAUGGCAGUGACUGUCAGAAGAGACGGAGGGAAAGAAGAGGAGUCUGAGUUUGGACAGAACCGUUAUUCCUGGAGUCUGAACUGCUCUGAUGCUGGUGGAUAUAAAUUCUGUCACGAUCAGAGAGAAAUUAUCAUCCACAGCUCAGGAGUCUCUGACAGAGUGGGGGUGUUGCUGAAUUUACCUGCUGGAUGUGUGAACUUCUACAGAGUAUCCGCUGGUGUCCCGGUGCAACUGAACACCUUCUACACCUCCACUGAACCCCUGUACCUGGGAUUUGGACUCAACCAUGUUCCUGGUUCUGGUUCUUCCCUGACUGUGUGUGACCUGAGUACAUGAGCAUGGUCCUGCAACAAACCUGUGUUCUAUUUUAUGUCAUUUUUUCUUGCUUGUUAUUAAUCAUUCUGUCAGUAUUAAUUUAUAAAUGGCAUAAUUAUAUUAAAUUAUGUAUGUAACUUUUUCUUUCUUGCUAUUGCAUUUUUUUUUACUCUAAAAAUGUAAUAUCUAACAGCAAGCGUACCAAAAAUAUAACUCAGGACAGUCAAUUUGUC